AUGUCACAAAUAAACAACACUCAAAAUGAUCUCAAGAUUCAUGACUCGGAUAAGCAGAAUCUUGAGGCUGGCUCCAUCAAAAGCGCCAAGUCACAUGCGGAUCUUCCCACUGACCCUGCUGCUGCUUUUCUCAGAGAGUAUGAGCAUCAAUGGAGCGAUUAUGAGCCAUCCGAGGCAAAAAGGGUUCUUCGCCGAAUCGAUUUCCGUCUGAUGCCGCUGAUAAUUGGUACCAUAACUAUUGCUGCCGUCGACAAUAUCCUCAUCUCCAAUGCGGCUCUAUACGGAAUGACCGCGGAUACUCACCUCGUGGGACAACAAUAUAGCUGGGUUGGCUCCAUCUUCUAUUUUGGCUGGCUUAUCGCUGAGUACUCAGCCAAUCUCAUCCUUCAGAAGAUGCCUGUUGGAAAGACUGUCGGCGUUGCUGUCAUCGGAUGGGGGGGCAUUGUCAUGUGCCUCGGAGCUACUCAGAACGCUGCCGGCUUAAUGGUACUCCGGUUCAUCAUGGGGGCUCUUGAAGCGCCUCUGUUCCCAGCUGUCACCAUUCUAAACACUAUGUGGUACAAGAAGUCGGAGCAACCGGUGCGUAUGGCUAUUAACUUUACCGCCUUUUCAAGUCUGGUGACUGGGAUCGUAUCCUACGGCAUUGGCCACGUAGAGGCAGGUAUCGCUUCCUGGAGACUUCUGUUUCUCGUUGUUGGCGGCUUUACACUUAUUUGGGGGGCCAUACUCACCAUCUGGCUUCCAGACUCACCUCUCGGGGACAACUUCAUGAAAGGGCGGCAGAAAUAUAUAGCUCUGGAUCGAGUCCGGGAUAACAUGACCGGUAUCGAGAACAAGGAGUUCAAGUGGUAUCAAGUCCGUGAGGCCUUCACCGAUUACAAGAAAUAUCUCUUAUUCAUCUUCUUUCUCUCCAUGAAUGUCCCCACUGGUGGUUUGGUUACUUUUGCCGCGCAGAUCGUCUCGGGUCUGGAGUAUGGAAGGCUGGAGACAACACUUCUCGGGAUGCCAACCGGAAUGAUGCAGAGUCUAGCAGGUUUUAUGGUCGCAAUCCCCCAGCAGUGGCUGCACAACAAAAGGUGCUACACAGCAGCUGCAUGCUGCUUGGUGCCGCUGGUUUGCUCCAUCAUCAUCAAGGAACUCCCCGACGAGAACAGGGUUGGACGACUUAUGGCGUACUACUUCUUUUACUUUUUCUGGGGUCCCUAUGCUACUGCCCUUACCCUCCCCAUGGGCAAUGUUUCUGGACACACCAAGAAGCUCACAGUUAAUGCAACUAUAUUCCUGGCUUACUGCAUCGCCAACAUCAUUGGUCCGCAGGUCUUUCGGGCGGCUGAAGCUCCUCACUAUUCAACCGGAUAUAACUCUAUUCUCGGAUUUGAGGCCACAGCUAUCUGCGCCCUUCUAGCAUACGCUGGUGGCUGCAUUGUCGAGAACAGGAAGCGGGAUAAGGCCGAAGGCACAGAUGUCUCUGUCCGAGUUGAGGAUCAGCUUGGAGAUCUGACAGAUUAUGAGAAGAAAGGUUUCCGUUACAUUUACUAG